CGAUGGCAGGCCACUGCCAACUGUUGCGUCGCGUUGCGGAUGGGCAUCGGCUCGUCCCGGGCUGGAGUCACAGGCCACGACGCGGCGCGAGGCUCGACGUGCCCGCACGCUGCCCCCGAGCCCCGAGCGCGCUCAGCCUCGACUCGGUCCGAAGCCAAAGCGGGUCGCUGGCGUGACUUUUGUUGCGUUCUAUGCCCGUUCAUUAUGCUCUGCGCUCCGCCGCUGUCAUCUGCAAUUGCCCGCGCGACGGGGCGUCCCAAUGCGACGACCCAGUUGCCCAUCGGGGACGCCACGACCUGACGUACUAGAGCGUGCAAAGUCCCUUUUAGAAACCCACAAAUGAAUUCGCGUCGCAGGGCGUCUACCAGGGUUUAUGUAAAUAGAGCUGUUCGCGAUGGCGUCCCUUUCUUCAUUCAAGCAGGCUGUGAAAGCAUCAC